AGCUGAAAGUGUUAACGGUUCCCUCUCUAAUGAUUAAUGGCUCUUUUUGUGUGUGUGGUAGACCGUACACGAUUGAUACACUUGUUUCUCGCUAGAGCAGACAUGUGAAACAACAAAACGCUCACAGCAACGCGAUCGUUGAAGGUGAUUCUAUUCUGUCCCAAGUGUUUCCGAGCCCGCAUAAUGUAGGCUCAUGAUCAAAUGUAGUUCACACGACUAGUACAGUUCCUCGACAAGCUGUUUCGCGGUGGAGUAGCAGUAGUGGGAGAUGAACUCUUCACCCGCUCACUUGUACUGUACUCGUGCGGGAUUGCGGUUCGACGAAGAUGCGCGGGUACAUUCGUAGCUUCCAAGCACGCGAGCCGUAACUGAAUGCAAUCAACCCUUCUUCCAUGGGUACGCCAGGAAUUGUGCGCAGUUUGGCCAGCGGUGGCAACAAACUACAAUCUCUCUCUCUGGUGGUUAAAAACGGCAAAGCGUAAGUACACAGACGAAGCGCGUUCCGAUGAGCUGCUGCGGGUGAGCACGUGCAACCGUGAAUUAGAGAAACAGAGAAAGAGCGCACCGUUUCUUCAUUUGGCCUGUUUGGCUGCUGCUGAUGAUGAUGUCGUUCGAUGCGGAUAAAGAAACAUCGGUACGGAAAGGGAAUGAGUGAAAGAGAAGCUUAAUGCAGACGGAACAAACAGCGAUCGCACGAGACUGCAACGGGCCAAAGCGCACGGAACCCCCGCCGGGGGUACAAUUGGUGAAGAUUCAAACGGUCCGUGCGACACCCGACAUGGAACCAGGGGGUCGGAGGCAGCGACACAGCUGAGGUCUCGUUUUGGGGUUGUUUUUCAUAAAAUUCAACCACACUACGAAUAAUGGCGUUAUUUGGUGUUUGAACCUUCGACAUAGCGUUCGUUUCGUGUCGAUCGUGUUCGUCGCUUGAUCCUGCGUUGAAGUCUUUGGUUCCUUAUUUCGAUUGCAUUUGAAAACUGUCGGAAGCGGUGAUCGUUCGGUGGGUCUUUCUUAAAGGAAUAGUGACAGUGUUUACGUGAACCGUGCCCGUGCAUGGCGAUUGAUGAAUCUCACGAUAAGGAUCAUUAAGCAAACCGCACAAAGCAUUCGGUGUGGGUGAUUGAUGUACGUGAAAAGUGAAAAAACGACAGCAUAGACGCGAACAGUCUUAGUGGCAUAAGCGAACCAUACCGUUCCAGAACAGGUGCAAAUGUUUAGCUGAAACGAUCACGCUGUUAUCAACGGGCCGCCGGAAAUCAUCUGUACCAAAAUUCAAUAACCACCGAUAGAGGAUCUUCUUCACAUAACAGGAUGAAGGUUUCGCUGUACAUAAUACUAAUCUCGAUCUUGCUCAGCAAGUACUACGCGUUAUCGCACAUAAUCAGGAAACGGCAGCUCUUUCGCGAGCAAGUGCUACCGCAUGCUGGAGGCAAAAUACCGGACUCUGCAUUUUUAACCGAUCGUUUGGCGCUGAACCGGCUGCAGAAGGAUGGCAUUGCUGUACCGGACGGGGUACUGCUCGAGCAGCGCCAGUACCAGGUGUUUCCGCAUCAGCAUCGCACGGCACGGCCAACGUUCCGUGUCGUCCAAACGCCGGAUAAUCGGUACAUCUCACCGGAGGGAGCGUACAGUCACAAUGCGCUGGCAACGGUCGAGACGACGUACCUGAUUCCGCACGCCGGUGACAAAUUGUUGCUGCAUGAUCAUCCCCACCAUCGGCAGCCGCACUAUUCCGUCCCGAAGGCACCGAUCCUGAAGGAGUUCCGGUUGCCGAACUACGCUUUGUUCAAUUUUGACUACAAAAAGAAGAAACCGCACGUUGGGACGGUGCCGAACUCGUCGUACAAACACUAUCAUCCACUGAAGUUGGACGGUGGAUGGCCUCAGCGAUUACCUCAAGAUUUUGUAAGCUACCAUGCAGCUGUCGGUAAUGGGCACAAUUAUCCAUCGGCCCACACCGUACCGGGGUCGUACGGUAGCGACAUUGUCGGCAGCGUUGGAACGGGCAGUAGCUGGAGCGGUGGCUGGAUACCGUCCACGGGUGGUGGUGGUGCAUCUGGCGAGUCGUUUGCAACGCAACCGCUUGGCAGUUUCGAGGACUAUUACAGUCAGUUGAACGAUAAGCACCGCUUCUACCGAAAUGUAGACGAACCAGCAAAACCGGCCCCGUUGGUGAGCGUGCGACCGAGCACGGUACCGAAGCCCAGCACCGUACUGCACCGAGAUGAUCGUCAACGUGGCCAUCCGCAACGCCAUCAAGCUUAAAAUUGACUUCCUGCAGCGGGUCGGGGCUGGGGGUAGUCGCUGGGAUCCGCUCAUCGUACCGGAAGUGUAUGGUUGGAAUAACUGGCGGAAGAUGAAUCCAUUCACUCAUCCAUUUCACCGUACAUUAGACAUAAGGAUCGUCAGGCGGGCGGACGAUAGGCGAUCUAAAGGGCCUACCUGCUACCGGCUGAUGGUGAGAUUAAUAGAGUGAUUGACGGGAUCAAACACCAAAACAUCGAGCAGGCGGCAGCGUCUACUUUAGCUACGAGCCGCUUCGAGCAGCCGAACAAUAAACACAAAAAGAACGUUUGCUUUCACGCGCUGGAGAUUGUGAUUAGAUAAGUGACCAUAAGGAAAAUAAAAACGAGAAUGUUCAAGUACACA